UGGUCUCACGAGCAAUGCACCACAUGCAGUGUUUGACUACCCUUCGUCCUGGCAUGAGCCCUGUUCGGCAAACCAGACAACAACAACCACCCAUCACCUGGUCCCCCGAUGCCCUCCAUACUCUCUACUACUUUCUACGCUGCCCUCAGAUGGAAUCCAUGGAGAACCCCAAUCUAGAUCCACCAAGGAUGGCCUUGAGUAAUGAACGGCCAUUCAUGCUUCUUCCCCCUCUGAUGGAAUGGAUGCGAGUAGCUAUAACCUAUGCUGAGCACCGGCGCAGUUUAACUGUAGACAGUGAUGAUAUCCGACAGACAGCUAGGUUGCUAUUACCUGGAUUGGACUGUGAACCUCGGCAAUUGAAGCCAGAAUGCUGCUUUAGUUCCUUCCGGCGAAUGGAUGCAAAGGCUGCUACUGAAAAAUUCCAGCAGGAUCUGGGGUUUCGAAUGUUGAACUGCGGAAGGACUGAUCUGAUUAACCAAGCUAUAGAAGCCUUAGGGCCUGAAGGUGUUAAUGCAAUGGAUGAUCAGGGUAUGACUCCACUCAUGUAUGCCUGUUCUGCUGGAGAUGAAGCCAUGGUGCAGAUGCUGAUUGAUGCUGGAGCAAAUCUGGAUAUACCAGUUCCUGGAAGUUCAUCUCGAUACCCAUCAGUUCAUCCUGAUAGCCGACACUGGACUGCGCUCACUUUUGCUGUAUUACAUGGCCAUAUCUCAGUUGUCCAGUUGCUGCUAGAUGCGGGGGCCCACGUUGAAGGUUCUGCUGUGAACAGUGGAGAAGACAACUAUGCUGAGACACCACUUCAACUGGCCUCAGCAGCAGGCAACUAUGAGCUGGUCAGUUUGCUGCUGAGCCGAGGAGCCGAUCCCCUUCUGAGUAUGCUGGAGGCCAAUGGGAUCUCCUCAUCGCUUCAUGAAGACAUGAACUGUUUCAGCCAUGCUGCUGCUCAUGGACAUAGAAAUGUCCUGCGCAAGCUGUUGACCCAGCCACAGCAGUCGAAGGGAGAUGUUCUCUCACUGGAAGAGAUUUUAGCAGAGGGUGUGGAAAGCGAUACUUCCAGCCAAGGAAGUUCUAAUGAGGGCCAAGUUAAGUUGUGCAAAACCAGAAUGAAAGCAUUACAGGAGGCCAUGUAUUACAGUGCCGAGCAUGGCUAUGUUGAUAUCACAAUGGAACUGAGGGUACUUGGAAUCCCAUGGAAGCUGCAUGUAUGGAUUGAGUCACUACGAACAACUUUUUAUCAGUCUCGUUACUCAGUAGUACAGAACCUCCUACGGGAAUUUGUCACUAUUAAAGAAGAAGAAUACAACGAAGAGCUAGUGACUGAUGGACUGAAACUAAUGUUUGAAAUUCUCAGAACCAGCAAAGUAAGCUAUUUUAAAACUAAUGACUCAAUCAGCCAGCAUCUCGCAGCUAUCUUUACUCACUGCUAUGGAAGCAGCCCCAUCCCCAAUAUUCCUGAAAUCAGAAGGACACUGCCAGCCCGCCUAGAUCCUCACUUUCUAAAUAACAAAGAUAUGUCUGAUGUGACGUUUCAAGUGGAAGGAAAACUAUUUUAUGCUCAUAAAGUUCUCUUGGUUACUGCUUCAAAUAAAUUUAAGACACUGAUGACCAAUAAAACAGGACAAGACAGCCAAGGCAAUAAGAUUGUGGAAAUUAGUGACAUGAGAUACAAUAUCUUCAAGAUGCUGAUGCAGUAUUUAUAUUAUGGAGGAACGGAAGCCAUGGAAAUCCCCAUAGCUGAUAUCCUAGAGUUGCUGUCAGCUGCAAGUUUAUUCCAGUUGGAUGGCCUCCAGCGCUACUGUGAGAUACUGUGUGCUCAGACAAUCAAUACUGAAAGCUGUGUUCACAUCUAUAAAUAUGCCAAGAUCCAUAAUGCCCCAGAGCUGGCCUCUUUUUGCGAAGGCUUUUUUCUCAAGCAUAUGAAUUCCCUGGUGCAGCAGGAAUCGUUCAGGCAGCUCAUCUAUGGCAGGAACAGCAGGGUUCAGGGCCUGGAUCCCCUCCAGGAUUUGCAGUCCACUUUGGCCAGCAGACUUCAUUCCGUUUAUGUAACUUCAAGAGUGUAAUUGCUAAGAUCCUCAGCCCUGCUAUGAAGGAAAGCACCUGCUCAUUGAACUGCACUGAAAUGGGAUCUUGGCCCCAUUGUGGUUGCUUCAUCCAGCUUUUGGAGACAGUGCCUCUUCCACCACCUCAGCAAACUUAUCCAAAUGCAAGAAAAAUAACUCUGCACGUGCCACAACAGUUUUACCUGAAAAUGGAUGAGCAGACUCUGAGGUGGGACGCUGCUAUUCUGCUAGGUACGCAUCACAAAGGAGAACUCAGGGGGAAAUUCACUUCUAAGUGUCCAAAAGAUUGCUUAGAAGAAUGCACAAACCAUAGUUGGCAUUUAGCUGGAGGGUGGACUGUUUAAAAAAUGGCUAUGAAUGUAGAAAUUCCAAUUUCUCUCAACUUCGGCUACCCAAACUGUCUAAUAUUGGGCUACCUGAUUCCACCAGAGUGCCAUACUGUAAACAUCUGGCUUUUGCUUUGUCCACUGAGACGUGCAGGUUCAGUAGGUGCUAAAGCUAAAACAGAAGCUAGUUUUGACGAUACAAUAAUAUGCUACGUAAUAGAUUCUAGGUUAUUUUAGCCUCAAUUUUUAACUAGCUCUGGCUGUCCAUUUUUGUAUUUAAAAAAACAUAACCUGGUAUCCCUAAUAUUUACAGCUACCCAUGUCUGUGUGCGAAUUAUUAUCGCUAAGACCAUCACACUGUGGUAUCUACGAUACUGGUUGUUACAGAUAGAAUUUCUCUCAUUUCUGCAAUAUAGUUGUAUAUAAAGGUUGGGGCUUGCUUUGUCAAUGCUAUAUUAUAGCAAAAAUUGCCUGAAAUGCCUGAUCUGGUACUUAUGAUCUGGACCACCGUCCCCCCGGGAAUUAUGUGCAUCACACACAGAAAUACGACUAGCCAAUUCCGACUAAAGGGAUCUCUGUAUAGAAAGAUUGUAUAUUUGUGCAAUCAUUUUGGGGACUGGAAGUUGCAAGCAAUAAUCGAGCUCCAUGCAGACUACACCUGCUGCCUGAAUCGUAUGAUUUCGAAUGAGAGCCACAUUUAAAUACUGCUACUGCACCAUUUGCUGCAUGUGACAGCAUGCUGACUGACUAAACUGGAUUUCAGCUAGUGUAGGUGAAUCAGGCCUGGCUGGGUUCAAAUUCCAAUAUUAAAUCAUUGUAAGUAAUUGAACAAGGACUUUUGCACAUGUCAUCUCACCAUUUGAGUCAGAAAGUCAGUAUGACUGGGACAAAUUAUUUGCAUUUCCCUCCACAUACGCUUCAGUCUCCAUUGAAAUUUAAGGGUUGACCUGGGAAAUAUUUGAAAUAGGAAGAUGCUUCCCCUCUUUCCAAUGCUCAGUGUUUUACUUCCAUCUUUGAAUGGACUAGAAAAUAGUGACUUAGGAUAUCGUCUUAAUAAUUGUGUAUUAACAAAGGGAUUAUGGUUACCAGUUGGGGAAAUAUGCAUAAAUCAAAUAUUUUUUGAAGGAUAGAUUGUCAAACUAAUCAAGGGGGAAAGAAGUCAAGUCAAAUGGGAAGGGCGCUAGGCAUGUGCCACAAGAGUUUUUAUGGUGUUCCAGGGAAGAGAAUGGAAGAGAAUGGAAAUUGUGUAAAUACAUAGAUGUUUCAGAAGCAAGAGAGGCUUUCCCCAUAAUCAUCUAUUUGGGAGUUUAAUGUCCUCACCGUAAAAAUCUUCAUUUUUAACAGAGAGAAAAGUAUUCAUUACAGAAUGAACCGCAUUUACAAAUAUUACAUUUGGUCUAAGGAUAUAAAGAUUGAAGCAGUUCAACAAUAACACAAGCCAUAAUUGUGACUGAGCCAGGGGGGUUGGGUAAACUAACUGAGGAAAAAUUAUUUUUCUUGCUCCUUUAUCAGUUACAAUCUGUGCCUAAAGAGUUCGGUACGUUUCCAUAAUGCAUGUAAGUCACAUGGUACAAAGGCAAUACCUAAAAUAUUCAUAAAUGGAUCAAGAAAGAAGUGAGAUAGAUGGAGAGGAAUCAAAACAUGAGAACUGUAUGAAUUACCUACACAUUUCAACUCUUACUUACAGGAUAGCCCUACAUAUUAAAAAUGAUAAGCUAUAAAUCUUUCAUUUUUUUCAAAUCUGGAUCCGCAAAACAAACACAAGCUCCUCACAUCCUCCAGAUCACGGAAAAAUGUAAGAUUUGUCAUGAAGUAGUUAGGAAAUACCCUAAAGUUUGUCAUUUUGGAAAAUAAUUUUCAAAUAGCUGAUUUAG